AAGCAGAUAAUCAUAACUAGAGAAAGAAAAAAAGAGAAUUAAGAAAAGGAAGGACAUAAUAACGGUUGAGAAAUCACUCAUCAAUGGCACCUCCAACUCUGUUUCAGGCAACCUCUGCUCAGUUUCCUUCACAAGAAGAAAAGAAAAUCCCAAAUCCCAACCAUGGCGGCUUCACCACAACUUCACUUCGUCCUAUUCCCUUUCAUGGCACAAGGCCACAUGAUCCCCAUGGUCGACAUCGCCAAGCUACUAGCCUCCCGGCCUGGCGUCCUCGUCACAAUUGUGACAACUCCGGUGAACGCCGCCAGGUUCAAGUCCCCGCUCGACCGCGCAAUCAACGAGCUACGCCAACCGAUCACAGUGAUCCAGCUCCGCUUCCCCUGUUCCGAAGCAGGGCUCCCUGACGGCUGCGAGAGCCUCGACCUUCUCCCUUCCAUGGCCUCCAUCGACGACAUGUUCCGCGCUGCUGCAUUAAUGGAGCCCGAGGUUGAAUCCCUCUUCGGAACCCUGAACCCGCCCCCCAAUUGCAUCAUCUCUGACUUCUGCCUUGCUUACACCAACAGCAUCGCCAAGAAGUUCGGCAUUCCGAGGAUCAGCUUCCACGGCUUCAGCUGCUUCAGCCUCCUCUGUCUCCACUGCAUGAUGCUCCACCAGGACGAAUUCGACAGCUCCGCGAGCUCCGACCACGAGUUCUUCGUCCUCCCGGGGUUCCCGGGAGGAAUCGAGCUCACCAGAGCGCAGCUUCCGUUGCAGUAUAACAAGGCAGGGGAUGAUAUGGGGAAGGCAGGAUUCGAGGCGGAAUCGGAGGCUUAUGGGGUCAUUGUGAACUCGUUCGAGGAACUGGAAGCAGAGUACCUGAAGGAAUUCAAGGAGGCGAAACAGGGGAGGGUUUGGUGCGUAGGGCCCGUUUCGCUGACGAAUCCAUUCGAGUUGGAUAAUUUGCAGAGAGGGAACUCCUCCUCGUCGUCUGCGGCUCGUGCUUAUCAAUGUCUAAAUUGGCUGGAUGACAAGGAACGAGAAUCGGUGAUUUACGUCUGUAUGGGCUCUAUAUGCAACCUCUCGUCGGCACAGCUCAUCGAGCUUGCUCUGGGGCUGGAGGCGUCGGACAAGGCGUUUGUGUGGGCUGUUAAGGAGGAUGAAAAGACCAAGGAGCUUUUUGAGUGGAUGGUGGAUGAGAAGUUUGAGGAGAGAAUUUCUUCGAGAGGAAUGGUGAUACGUGGUUGGGCGCCUCAGGUAUUGAUCCUGUCUCACCCAGCGAUCGGAGGGUUCUUGACGCAUUGUGGGUGGAACUCUUCCCUGGAAGGGAUUAGCUCGGGAGUUUCACUGGUGACGUGGCCUUUAUUUUUGGAUCAGUUCUGCAACGAGAAGCUGAUCGUCGAGGUACUGAAAACUGGGGUGAAAGUUGGAGCUUCGCGCCCCACGCUCUGGGACGGGAAGGAGGAGACAGAUGAGCAGGCACCGGUGAAGAAGGAGCAAGUGGAGAGAGCGGUGAGGCUGGCGAUGGAUGGAGGAGCGGAAGGAGAAGGGAGAAGGAAGAGAGCAAAGGAGCUUGCCGAAAUGGCGAAACGAGCCGUGGAAAAUCGAGGCUCUUCUCACACAAAUGUUACCAUGUUGAUCGAAGAUAUCAUUCAACAAGCAAGGGCAAAGGAAACAGUUGGGGAGAAAUCGUAUUAGUUUAUUCAAAAUCGGGUGCAAGAAAUCAUAGAGCAUAAAAUGUGAGAAUCUGU